AUGGCGCAACCCGCACGACUUUCUGCAAUGUCUUCCACGACUGACACACGUCAUCACUCUUCAAAACGUACUUCAAUAGUAGAUAGAAAUUUGAAUAAAACGAAAGCAGCAGAGAUUGGAUUAAGCGCAUUUGCAUUUCUGUUUUCUGAAAUGCUGCAGUAUGCGCAAAAACGUGUUCACGGAAUACAGGAUUUAGAAAGAAAAUUGAAUGAUUUUGGAUACCGAGUAGGUACACGGCUACUCGAACUUAUAGUAUGGCGUGAAAAAAAUAGUAAGCGUGAAACGCGUGUAAUUGGCAUUCUAUCGUUUAUCAAUACGACUGUGUGGAAAACUUUGUUUGGAAAACAGGCAGACUCGUUAGAAAAAAGUACCGAAAAUGACGAUGAAUAUAUGAUAUCUGACAAUGAUCCGCUGAUAACAAAGUUCAUAUCAGUCCCGAAAGAAUUGUCGCAGUUGAAUUGUAAUGCUUUCCUGGCUGGCAUUGUGGAAGCCAUUUUGGAUGGUACCCAGUUUCCAUCACGUGUCACGGCACAUUCGAAUCCAAUAGAUGGAUUCCCAUUAAGAGCAACUAUACUCGUUAAACUAGAUCGUGAAAUUUUGCAAAGAGAAGAGCAGCUUCGCUAA